GCUCUGUGACGUCAUCAUGACGGAUGCUUGUUUGCGGAAGUGAUCAAAGCAAAGGACGAAGGUUGUGCAGGCAUGAUGGAGGUGCGGAGGAAAUUAUUGAACUCGGUUGAAAAGUGUGUAGACGAGGCUUUGGAGGGUCUCGUCAGGAGUAACGGGGGUCUGGCGCUGCUGCGGGGCCACAGAGUUGUGCUGCGGUCCGAUCUGGAGAGCAUUAAGGGAAAGGUAGCGCUCCUUUCCGGAGGAGGAUCCGGCCACGAACCCGCGCAUGCAGGUUAUAUUGGCGUGGGAAUGCUGUCCGGAGCUGUGGCGGGAGCAGUAUUUGCGUCUCCUCCUCCAGGCAGUGUGCUGGCUGCCAUUCUGACUCUGUGGAAGGGGGGUGCUUCGGGAGUCCUGCUCAUCGUGAAGAACUACACGGGUGACCGCCUAAACUUUGGCAUAGCUGUCGAACAGGCCCGGACACAGGGCGUGCAUGUGGACAUGGUGAUUGUGGCUGAUGACUGCGCCUUCGCUCAGCCCAGCAAGGCCGGCAGGAGAGGCUUGUGUGGAACUGUGUUCAUUCAUAAGAUUGCUGGAGCUCUGGCAGAGAAAGGCUGUCCAUUGGAUGAAAUUGUUGCACGGAUGAACGAAGCAACAAAAAAUAUUGGCACGCUGGGUGUUAGUCUGUCUCCAUGCAGUGUGCCUGGAUGCCUUCCAUCUUUCCAGCUUCCACCAGGGGAGAUGGAGCUGGGACUGGGGAUCCACGGAGAACCAGGUAUUAAGAGAUCAAAAGUGGCCUCUGCUGAUGAAGUUGUGAAAACCAUAAUAAGUCACAUGACCGAUUCCUCGAACAAAUCACAUCUGUCCUUGAAAUCAGGAGACAAGGUGGUGCUGUGUGUGAAUAAUCUUGGUGCACUCUCAUGUUUGGAAAUAGCUGUGGUUUCUAAAGUGGCCAUACACUGCCUAGAGGAGCGUGGUGUGCUGGUUGUCAGGGUGAUGUCGGGGUCAUUUAUGACAUCACUGGAGAUGGGGGGAAUGUCUCUUUCUUUAAUGAAGGUCGAUGAAGAGAUGCUCAGACUGUUUGAUGCUAAAACCACAGCCCCGGCCUGGCCUAACCUCAGCACAGCCUCUGUGAGUGGGAGGAACAUGUUCAUGAAACCUGAAGAAAAACCUGCCGCAGCUUCAGAUAAUUAUAAUGAAGGUUCACUGUCUUCAGUCAUCCGACUGGUGUUGGAGUCCGUGUGCAAGAUCCUCCUGGAGCACCAAGAGGAACUCAACGCUUUGGACCGUGCAGCAGGAGAUGGAGAUUGUGGGAGCACACAUGCUCUCGUAGCUAAUGCCAUUCAGGAGUGGCUCCACACUAGCAGAAUCCCUGGGAACUUUGGCCAGCUUCUAGCAGAGCUUGCUCUGUUAGUUCAGCAAAGCAUGGGAGGAUCAUCAGGGGCGUUAUACUGCCUCUUUUUGUCUGCGGCUGCCCCUCAUCUCAAGCAAAACUGUGAUGGUGCAGCCUGGGCAAAGGCAUUGCAUGCUGGGACAGAAGCCAUGAAGAGAUAUGGAGGUGCUGAACCAGGGGACCGGACCAUGCUUGAUGCCCUGUGCCCUGCUGUGGAAGAGUUGAUGAAACUUUCCACGGCGGUGCCUCCUGAUGGUCACAUAGCUAUACUACAAUCAGCAGUGGAGAAAGCCGAUUUGGGAGCGGAAGCAACCCGCAAUCUCACUGCAAGGGCUGGACGUGCCAGUUACGUUGCGUCUGAACAUUUGACCCAGCCUGACCCUGGUGCCAUAGCGGUUGCUGCCAUUCUGAAGGCUAUACUCAAUGCUUUGAAGGCCUAGAGAUAGAGAAGCUCACCAACAGUUUCUUAAGGAACAGUAAUGCAAAAGGCUGUAAACAAAACACGAGUUUGCUAACAUUUGAUUAUAGCAGCUCUUAAAAAAUUAUGUGUGGAAAUUUAAAAUACAUUCUCCGAUCCCUGUUAAAUGUGAUUUUUAGUAGGUUGACAUCCUUUAAAAGUGUGUAAAAACUGUUGCUCGACACUCAACUAUGUUUGGCCCACAUAGAAGCAAUGGCUCAAUCAAUUGAGUGAGUUUGGUCCAAGAAACCUUUUUAAAACAGUCAUCAUUUUUGCACUGCAAUUUGUUGCCACUAACGGAGUUAACACUUUUUUAGCUUUAAUGCUGGAAAUACUGAAUAAUUAAUCAAUGCACUGCCAUUAAUGAAACAAUGAAAAUACUAAGACCAAAUAAUGUUAAAAUGAGAUAGCU